CUUAUUUUUCUUAGUUUCUCCCCUUUGUGGGAAAUCCCCAAUUCUCCCUAGAUUAGAUUAGUUCUCCAUGAUAGAUGCAAGAAGGAGGAUGAGAGUGAAGAUGUAAUAGAUCUAUUGGUUUCCUAGUGUAUAUAAACUGAAAGUGAAUGGCGCGGAACGGAGCUCGUUUCAGACGUCUGUUUUCAUUAAUCACAACGACGCCGUUUCGAUACAUGAUCCACAAUCCAUUGUGGACCGCAGUCCACGGUAAAAUUUGCGAGUUAACACCACCAAUGCACAUACUCUCUACAGUAAGGGUGUGUUUGGUUCGCACAUGGGAAUCGAAAUCAGAAUAGCUAUCACAUACUUGGUAAUGUUAAUGGGUUUUGGUGAAAGUAAUUUGCAUGUUUGGUAGCGGGGUGGAAUGCGAAUGAUUAUUAAUAGUUGGAGAAGCAACUAAGGAGGAAGGCGGAAACCCUUAUUUUAUUAGGAAAUAAGUUUUGCAAUUAAGGGGUAAUCAAAACUCAUAGUAGUGUUCUAAAAACCUGCCAACCAAACAAUAACAAUGACUUUGAUACCCAUUACUGAUAGCUAAACUGUCAACCAAACACACCAAAAUAGUAUCUAUCCAACCUUUUUACACAGUGGGUGCACACACAAAAAGAAAAAAAAAAAGAAAAAAAAACCAGUAAUGAACCCAACCACAAGAGAGUGAUUGUUCCCGAAUUAUGGCCCCUUCCUAUCAUAAUUACACUACAUUUAUGUGAAGAAAAUGAUAUAUGUACUCUCAAUGAAGUAAAAUUCUAAUUGUUAUGAUUUGAUUUAUAGAAAAAUAAUAAUAAUAAAAACUCUGAUCCACCAUUUUUUCUAGAUGAAUUAGAGUAUGACACUUAAACUAGGAGUAAUAAAUUAAAUAAAAAAUGAGAGUAUUUACUUUUUACAUGGAGUUGCAAAUGCACCCGGAUGGAUAUGCACAUACACCUACAACAAUGUGGACAUCCCCCAACCCAAUUACUCCCUAUCGGCUGCCCGUCGUGUUGGCAUUCCGGUUGCCAUUCUGGUGGUUUCGAUGGUGCACAAGACCACCAAUGAACACCACCCAUGAGCGUCGUGUCGACUAAUUAUCGUCACUGUGUAGCGUUUAUCAUAAAUACGAUCCUUAUUUCAAGCAUACCAUCCUCAUCUAAGAUUUUCCAGAAUUAAAUUAGUGUGCAGAUACCCUUGUUGCCCCUACAACGUAACACAAUUCCUUGUUUUGUUUAAUCUCAGCCCUCAAACCCAUAUAUAUCAUUGGCUACCAUUUGUCUUCAAAUCCUCAUGUAGCCUAUAUUACUAUAUAUAUAUAUAUAUGAGUGUUCAGGUGAUAACAUGCUCCCACGUUAAAAAUGAAGACUAAUCUAAUUUAUUCAUUUGGACAAAUCAACAUUUAUUUAUUUUUUUACUAAAAUUUUCAACCAUUAGUGAAUUACAUUGGUACUACUGACUCUAUUACAAUGUAGUAUUUGAGACUCGAACCCACCCCUUUUACAUAGGAGUAUAACCAAGUGCCACUAGACCACAAGGUUUUGGCAUAAUAUUUGUUGUUGUUAAUUAUCGUUCUUGUAUCUUUAUUUUAUUUAUUUAUUUAUUUAUGAAAAUUAACAAUAUUAAAAACAUUUUGUGAUAUUUAAACUCACCAGUAAAUCUAAUUAUACUCUCAACCACAAAUGGUAUCUGUUGUCACCACAAAAUCCUCACCUGCCAUUAGUGUAGCAUAAAAGGACAAUAAGAUACUUGUGCUUUGAAAAACACUGGAAACCCAACCAUUCAACAUACUUUGAAAGUUGAUUAAUACAUACAAUCAAUCAUGUAUGUAUGUAUGUCUAAAUGACUCUGGUGAGGGAGAGAAGGCAGAAGCAGCCAUUGAGCCUAUCUUUACCUCAUAUCUCACCUGCUGAUACUUCGUUAUAUUUUUUGAGUUCUCCGGGCACUGGUAGCCUGUCGGAGUUUGAGAAGCUUCAGGUUCUCGGCCAUGGCAGUGGGGGAGUGGUGUACAAAGUCCGGCACCGGCAAACCAGGGAGAUUUACGCCGUGAAAAUCCUCCGGCGUGGUGAGAGUGGGAUGAGGGAGGUGGAUGUAGUGAGAAGGGUGGAGUGUGAGUUUGUAGUGAAGUGUCAUGGGAUUAAUGCAGAAGUGGGAAAUGACUGUUUUGUCCCUGUUGGGGAUGUGUUCUUGGUGAUGGAGUACAUGGGGGAAGGGUCAGUUCGGGAAGUGUUGGAAAAAAUAGGGGGGUUAAGUGAGGGUGUGAUUGGUUACCUAGCAAGAAGGGUUUUGAAAGGGCUAAAGUAUUUGCAUGGGAUGAAUAUAGUGCAUGGGGAUAUUAAGCCAUCAAAUUUGCUGAUAAACAGUGAAUGGGAAGUGAAGAUUGCAGAUUUUGGGGUGAGCAGAGUUUCAGAUGAAGAAUUUGAAUCAUCAAGUAUGGGGACUUGUGCAUAUAUGAGCCCUGAACGCCUUGAUCCGGGGAGGUGGCCGGAGGGCUCAUCUGCAGGGUUUUCCGGCGAUGUGUGGGCGGUGGGGGUGGUGGUGAUGGAAUGCUUUCUUGGGCACUUUCCAUUGCUGGAUGAAGGGCACAAACCAGAUUGGGCAUCAAUGGUUUGUGCAGUGUCAUUUGGAGGCGACACGAUGAGGCCGCCGGAAAAUGCUUCACCGGAGCUUCAGGGUUUCAUCAUCAGAUGUUUGGUGAAGGAUUGGAGUAGGAGAGCUACUGUGGAAGAGCUUCUGGAUCAUCCUUUUGUGACUAAAUAUUGUGAUGUUUGGAAGAUGAAUUAAUUAAUUUUGUUUUGAUUAGUCUACAAGAAUUUUCUAAAACAAUGUCAAUAUCCAUAGUGAAAUCACCGGUUCGAAUUAAACUGAACACUGUAGCAACCAGUUCCGGUUAUAGACCAGAAUCUGGUUUAAUAAGUUCUGGUUCUGAAAUGGAAAAAAUUAAAAG